AUGUCGAGGGUAGCGCUCGCUCGUAUACCGUCGUUGACGUUCUACAAAGAUGCUAUUACCCUCUCGCGGAGAGAUCGUCCCAUCCCCCAGUUAGUUUGCAAGGGAAAAGCUUGUGAUCUGUACCAGCCCGAAGUUGUCCGUUGCGCAAACAUUGGCGGCGGAGGGACCGAGGUGGAUUGGAAGUGCGAAGCUGACCUACCCGAGUCGUUGCGCUUCGGGAGAGUGGAGGUAUCAUGCGAAGGCUGGUCAGGACCAGGCGAUCCUUAUGUAUUGAAAGGCUCUUGUUCUCUGGAGUAUCGCCUUGUCCAAGUACCAAGUGCUCUUCGAACGGGUGAAGAACCUAGUUUCCCUUCACGCUGGUUCCGAGCCGCCUCACAAGAUCCACUCUCCACGAUCUUUACUAUAAUUUGGACGGCUAUAUUGCUUUUCAUUCUAUAUAGCAUACUGAAGUCCUGCUUCUCUCGCCCAUCCUCCACUAGUCGGCCUGGAGGCACGACCCCUCGUCCGUCUGGUGGCUUUCCGGGUUCUGGCUGGUUCCCCGGUGCUCAUCGACCAGACAACCCCACCGUGCCUCCGCCUCCCCCAUAUUCCAAGUAUCCCAGCUCCUCAACUGCGCAGGACGAAGGCUGGCGGCCAGGAUUCUGGACGGGCGCGGCGCUAGGCGGUCUCGGGUCGUACCUCUUCAACCGUCGAGAGCGGGAGCGCACAAUGGGCCCCGCGGCGUACGACUGGGAACGCGACGAGCGAUUACAUCGGCCGCUGUCGUUUGUGCCCCGCCGAUCGUCGUCUGGGUGGGCGUCUGGAUGGGGCUCGGGUUGGGGAAGACAGCCGGACCUGCGGGAUGAGGACCGUGGUGAGGGUCCGUCAGAUUUGGGUCGAAUGAGGCGGAGCACCGGGCUUGGAGGCUCAAAUGUGCGAUGA